AUGGCGCCUCUGGGCCCAACAGGAAGCGAUAAGGAUCGGAGCCGUUAUAUCGAUGGGUUUCCAGCCCUCGCUGCGUUCAUUGCGAGUGACCGCGAUGGCACCUCAGCCAUCUUCAAACGCUUUAAUCGACUUGCGGCAAGGAACUUACUCUACCUGCAGUGGGAGGCGAUGCUUUUCGAAAGCACCCUCGCAUCGAUAUCACCGCCAGACAGGAAAACCUGGAAGGCGUUUCGACUCAACUUCUUCCAUGGGCGGCCCGAGGACCCUGACAGCUUUCCAAUGCUUGGGGGCCAUGCUUCUGACAUGUACGAUGAUGUAGACGAUCUUGUGGCAUUACACUCAUCGGAGCCACCCGAUAGACUUACAGUAUUUGCCCAGAACAAUUUUGGUUUCUUGUUUGAGGAGACAGACACCCAUGGUGCCACAACCGGCCCGCAUGUUGGAUACGCCUCAGGGCAGAGAAUAUCGACUUUUAUCUCCUACCUUAGCACCAUACUGGCCGCCUUGUUCAUGAUCGGCGCCAUUCUGAUCUUGUACAAGGUGAAAUCGGAUGACCUAAAGCUGGGACUUGUUGGUCUCUUUACGGUGGCGUUCGCGGCGAGCGUCGGGUUGUUAACAAACGCGAGGAGGGCGGAAGUAUUUGGAGCUACAGCCGCCUAUGCCGCGGUUUUGGUCGUCUUUGUUAGCGGAGAUCUUGGGUCCUCGAGCAAGAACCAGUGA